AUGGCGAUGCAUUUGCGCCAGAUCUGUUGGCAGGAGGGGCUUGGUACGUAUGCAGUCGGAUUGUUUCUAACAUGUUGUAUGUUUGGCGUUAUCCUGAUAUCAUGCCAGAGUGAAGUUGCCGAUGCCAGGAAUACACUCUUCGCGAUACUAUCCACGUUCGCAGUUUUCGUUUGCCUCCAGAACGCGGACACGGGCAAGGCAUCCAGUGUGGCAACGGGCACAGGUCAAACCAGCGAAGAUUGCCGCAGAGGCGAGCUUCACACCGAAUCAUCUUUUGUGGCCGCUGGUCGUGCAGCUGAGCCUCGCUGCGACAGGCCCCAGGCUGAACGCGUGAACGUUACGCACAGAUGUCUUCGCCUCAAGGCAGCGCAGCAAUUGGAGGCCGAUGCGCGUGUCCUCGAGCAGGCGCAACUGGAAGGCGUGGAGCAAAGUGUUCAUGCAUAUUCGAGGGUGAUGUUCUCGUGCACCCAGAGCAAUGCCUUAGACAUGGCAUUGAGGCUGUUCAACCACAUGUUGGAGAGGGGUGUGGAUUACGACUACGAUGCGAUACCCAUGAACACCCGCAGCAUGUUCUUCACGCUGGUUGUUGGGCACGUCGACGACAAGUAUUUGCGGAAGAACGGAUUCAAGAUGCUUGAGGUGGUUCUGGCCCACGGGAUCACGAUGCCGCACAUCCUCCAGGACCGCGUGAUCUGUGCCUGGGGCUCCAAGCUUCCUGAGAAUCUCUUGGAAUAUUUCGCGAGGAUGCGGGAGGACGGCAUCUCGCUCAGCUCGACGGCGCAAUGCUGCAUCGCGCACACGGAUCGGGUUCCCCCCCCGACGACGUUGCGCUGCGGCGCGCAGAGAGAGCUAGAGAGCACACAUGUACCGCACCGCGCCCGCGUAUCUGCGCCCCCGCUUCCGCGCCCGCCGCCCCCCGAAGAGCCGGCGAAGACGCCCGAGACGCUGGCAGAGGCCACGCCCAGUCGUUUGCGCAGCCAGGCCUCGACGUUCGUCCCGAUGCCUCCUGGCAGGCCGAGCGCGCGCCUCGACUGGUACGGCGAGCCCGCCCCAGACGAGUCGAGCGCGCAGGUCGGCUGGUGCGACAGCCCUCCAGACGAGCCGAGCACGCCCGUCUGCUGGUACGGUGCCUCCGUGGGUGAGCUUUCGUACCCUGGCCAGAUGCAGACGGUGAUGCAGAUGCAGACGCAGAUGAGAGAGCCUAUCACCACGGUGCUUGUGCGUAACCUACCUGGCCGAGUCUUGCGCGACGACGUGCUAGACAAGAUUGAUCAGAUUGGUUUCGCGGGGUGCUAUGAUUUUGUUUAUUUUCCUGUCGAUUUCUAUUCUGGGAAUAACCUUGGCUACGGUUUUUUGAAUCUUAUCAGCGAGGAAGAGAUGUGGCGUUUCAUGCACGCCUUUCACGGGUUCCACGACUGGCAAUUUACAUGUCGGACAGUCUGCACAGUCAGCUUGUCCCAUACGCAGGGCCUCGUUGCCAACAUAGAGCGAUUGCGGAACAGCCCCGUCAUGGGCGACGAGGUGCCCGACAGGUACCGGCCCGCUAUCUUCCACGGAGGAGAGCGGGUCCCCUUCCCGGAGCCCACCAGGCCAUUGCCCAAGCUCGGGCGCAGGAAGGUGCAUUAG